UUAAAAUCCCAUUAAGACGGGCUAUAAAAUUGAUUAAACAAUAUAUUGGUUCUGGUAAGGCGUUAAUUUUUUUGGCAGUCGCGGACGGUAAAUAAAAUGUGGGUUCUGUAAACUUCUCGCAAAACCUACGGCACAAUCUAUUAUUCAUUUCUCAGAAGUCGAAUACAUUUUAAUGGCGGCUCGUUGUGGAGCUUUUGCAAGGUCUGCGAAGCCCGCAUUUCAUUCAUUGAGAGCAGUUGCAGAGGCAGGUGGUCGCCCUACUUCAUCAGCCGCCAGAGCUUCUUUCUGCAAAAAUACACUGGGAAACGACAGUUCAAGAUUUCGGAACUCUUUCGUUUCUUAUUCAAGGUUGUCCGCAGAGUUAGGCUGUGCGAUGUCAAUGAUGCCGUUGCACAAUGUGGUGGCAACAGCCAGGCUUACAUCUCAUCUUAGUCUUAAUUCCAGGAAUUGUAGCGCGUUGUCUCAGGAUGGAUUCUUAUAUCACACUCUCUUGGAUUGGGAAGGUGCUUUAUGCGGGCCUUCUUCCGUUUUGAAUUGUUUCUUUGAUGUAUUGAUUAAAGAGACAAGACAUGAAAAGCAUGGAGGGUGGAAGACUGCUCUCUCUAUUGGGAAUAUAUCUUGUUCACAGAAUGCCAGAGGGACUAUAAGCUUGCACCAACCCUCAAGAAUAAGAGAGGUUUUAGCAAUCCGGAAGUUCUUUAUUGAGAAUCAGCAAAUUGUAAGCAGUGUUCUGAUUGUGUUUUGUGAUAUGAGGAUUUGUCUUCAGAGAGAUUGCUAUGGCACGUCCUGCUGGAUUACUAUGCAUCUCUUCUUAUAUAUUCAAUGUGAUGCAUUUUUCCUGGGUCUGUUUCUGAAUUAUGUAACAAUAUAUAAAUUUUGUUGUCUAUAAUAUAUAUCGAUAUUAAAAAAAGGAGGGACCCUAAAAGAAGGUUUGGAACAAUGUGAUAACAUGCUAGCAAAAGGACACUAUUUCUUGGCACUUUUCUGACUCUUAAGGCAAAGUUACAGAUUUGAAGUUGAGUCUGGAUGAUGUGAGCAGGAACUUUCACUGAACAAUAUACAGGUGUGAUAAUUAGAAGGUUCACCCUCUUCUAACCUUGUCUGGGUAAGAUUCCUAUCUUUUCCGUUGUAAUCUUUUUGAUAUGCGUUCGAAAAGAUUCAAAUGUAUAAACAUGGAAUGAUGUUUCUAAUCGUUGUUACUUUGCCUGUCCAAACAAGACAAUGAUAUGUUUACAGUGACCCAUUGUUCCAUGGGGAUGCAUCCUCCCCAAAAAACUUGCAUCCACUGCACAGGGAUGUUUCUGGGACUUGGGGAAAUGUCACCCCACAGCACCAUUACCUCUGCCACCUUUCAGGGAUGCCGUUGGGUCGGUUGCUAUAUGGCACAUGCCUUUAGACAUUGAUUGCAACCUUUAACUUUGUGUUUGCCUUUCAUGGGGUACUCACAAAGAUGUUACGUUGUAGAUUUUGCUUUGACGAUUUCAAUUCACCUCAAUUUGUAUAUCAGUGCUGCCUUCCCAGUGCUGCUCUGCUGGCAUCCCCCCACCAUCCCCUCGACGCUCCCAAAUUUAGGCACUUGGUCCCCCAUACCCGAAACUUGGCCCCAUGUUCAUCACGCACCCCCAUCAGGAAACUUCUUGGAUCUAUAACUUUAUACAGAGAUUGGGGAAAGCUUUUCCUUUAAAUGGUUAUUGCAUCCAUAGCAAGUGUUCAGUCCAGUCUAAGAUACACAAGGAUAUGUGUAGACAUGAUUAGAAGAACCUUAUUAUAAUUACCAUCAGCUUCACAUACUAUAUUUGGGAACAACCAUUCCAUUCUGUAUACACUUCCUUUCUAAGUUCUAGUAAUUGUCACAGGCGCAUUUGGCAUUUUCAUGGUCAAAAAGCUAAAAGAUCGAGUAAUUAAGCAGCGAUUCAAAUGGCUGUACAAGAAAAUGGAAAAAGCAAUUUGUCAAAAUUAGAAGAAAUCAUUUCUCCAGUGGAAUGAGAGCUUGGAAUGGAAAAUGAUCAGCAGGAAAUCAACAGACAGGUUAUUGUAUGAAAAGUGAAGGUCAGACAUCAUAGACAUAUGAAUUUGACCUCAUCAAUCAUUGUGAACCUCUGAUCAAGGAAUCAGCUUGAGGAAGAGAAAAUAAACUGGAUUAAAAUAACCACCUCCAAUACUUCUAAGGAUCAAUCUUUAAAAACUCUGAUUGUGAAUGCAUAGGUACAAAUAGUUAAACCUGAAGAAGAAUCCUUAAAGUAAUUCGGAGAAAAACAAAGGAUAAUGUUUUAGAGUUUAGACUAGUGAGUUUCAGUGCACUGUGGAACAAAAGAGGUAAAAACUUACAUCUUUGAAUGAAACAGAUUCCUUCUGGCCAACUGGAACUUUAGUUGCAAUAUUUACCCAGGAGACAUUUCAAAGUUCAAACAAUAUUUUGGAUAACACCAUGUUAGUUGGACCAGAAGAAAAAGGUCAUGAAAGGAAUGCACAACAAACAAAGGGUCAAUCUUCAGAGAAGUGAGUGCCAACGGAGUUUGAACAUGGAAAAAAGUGAUACAAUCACAAAUUAACUAUGAAGAUUCUUCUGGAAAGUUUGGAGACUACUGGGAUGUCACUAGAGGAAGGUGAGCCAUCAUUCAGAGGGAUUCUGUGACAUGUGACAAUUGAUUUCAGAUGCACUCUAGGACUGGAAAUAACCAUGAAGCAGAUGCCAUUGAUUCAUGUUACACAGCAGCUUAAAUGUCUAUGGCUCUGUGGCAUUGUCUGAGUCUCCAACAAUUGCAACUUGAAGUCUAGCAUGUUGAAAAGGUUCCAUGGAUGCCGCUCUUGACUAAAUGAAAUAGAAAGGCAAAGUGAGGAAGGUGCCGAUGCUGAUGUAAAAAGGUUCUGCAUGCAUGCAGGACUUAACAUGAAAGAGAAGGUAAAAAAUCAGUGUGUUACUCCUGAAGCAUAGCCAAUUGCUUAUUAGUUCUAGCAAUCCAACUAGGAAAAGUAUGAUCCUCUGCCCUGCCUUAAGUAGGGACCUUACAUGCAGCAACAUAUUUCAAAUUCUAAUAGCCGUUAUUACCUUGUGUGCUGAACUUGUUGGUGUAUCUUUUGAGAGUAUGAUAUAAAAGUUUUUAACCCCAUACUAGAGUUGUAACUUGAUAAUACAAGUAUCUGGAUUGGCUGGUUGACGGUAGAGCCCUUGGGAGUUUGUGGCCUCUUCUUCAAUAUAUUCAGUACAUGGACGGUAGAAUCCAUGCAUUCCUAUCCUUGUUCCUGGAAUGACACUAAGUCCUCGAGUUAAAUUCAUGGUCCCAUCUGCCCAGGAUGCAAUUACUGAUAUCUAGGAACAAUGCCUAAAGUAGAUUGCUCUUGGUAACUGUAGAGCAGUGCAUUAUUCUGAAUAGUUGGUUAACUUGUUUAUUGAGUAAAAAAUUAUAUGUCAGAAUCUUAAAUGAUUAAAUUGUUGAAAUUGAUCAUAUAAUCCAUAUGUAACUAUGUACAAAGGCUUGGCAACAGAUGGUGCUAGAGAGAACUCUUGAUUUUUUUUUCUUUCACAAAUAUUGAUGAAAACAUGGGGGUUAUUGCGGUGGUGUGUGGAACUGGAAAUAGAAACAGCUUAAUGCAGAAGUAAUUCUUAAUUUACUUAAGACAUGAAUGGACAGCAAUGGAUGGAAUUCGGUUGGAAUAUUUGAAAAUGCUACAUUUUGGUAUCUUUUUGAAACAUUCCUUAUUUCCUGUCUGUUUCCAUGUAUUGAAAUGCUGUUUCUGUUCUUUAUUUGUUCCUUACCUAAGGUUAGUUUGAAACCAUCUUUUUCCUCCUGAAGCUUCAAAUGUCAAAUAUGAGUUUGUGAUCGUCAACUUUUUUUUCG